UGCUUUUAGAAACGCACACACGGUGAGGGGCUUCAUUCUCAACCCAAAGAUUCAGGCUAACGCAUCCACCCCAUUUUAGAGUCAAGGAAAAGGGGAAGGUAGCAGGGCACCAGACUCCCCACAGUGUCCAUGUUUCUUCUGUCAUGUCUAUGCGUAUCUGAGCGUACUAUCCACCGCAACCAACCAGCAAAUCAAGGCCGGAACUAGGAUCUAUCUAUUUACCACAGGACUGUCAAGAACGGUUUUAGACGUAAAGGUUUGUCCUAUUCGUCAUCAUGUUCUGAGAAAAAUCAUCUCAUCAUUCCAGGUUUUGAAAAUCCAACUCAAACUGAAAAACAUUUCCACGUUGAUGAACCAAGCGUCGGUCAUGUUCUGCACCUGACCAGCAGUAGCCUCUAUUCUCGGCACGGACUGUUACCACGACGGCAACUUUUAGAAGAAGUUAAACCCUCUCAUUGACUGAGUGGAGGGAAAAGCGAAAUCUUUAAUCGAAUAAAGUUUUUCCGUUUCUUCCCAUUUUUAUCUGCAUUACAAAGGCGAAACGGCGACUUCCAUUGAUUACCCGUCUUUCCUUUGCUAUCCGAUGGAUAUUCACUGCAAAGUAGACCCGUUCUCAGCGAUGCACCGGCACGGCGGUGUGAACCAGCUAGGCGGGGUGUUUGUCAACGGCAGACCCCUACCUGACGUGGUGAGGACAAGAAUCGUAGAACUCGCGCACCAAGGAGUGAGACCCUGUGACAUUUCGAGACAACUACGGGUCAGCCACGGCUGUGUCAGCAAAAUACUGGGCAGAUACUACGAGACCGGAAGUAUAAAGCCAGGAGUUAUUGGUGGGUCCAAACCGAAAGUGGCGACUCCAAAGGUUGUGGAUAAAAUAGCGGACUACAAGCGUCAGAAUCCGACCAUGUUCGCGUGGGAAAUCAGAGACAGACUGUUAGCUGAGGGCGUCUGUGACAACGACACGGUUCCAAGCGUCUCGUCCAUUAACAGGAUAAUACGAACAAAAGUCCAGCAGCCUUUCCACCCGUCUCCAGAUGGAACAUCCCUGUCUGCCCCGGGCCACACCAUGGGUAAGAUUACGAGCCAGGCCUCUCCACCUAUAACAAGCCCUUCCAACGACCCCGUGGGGUCCUACUCCAUCAACGGCAUCCUGGGUAUUCCCCGGUCAAAUGGCGAGAAGAGGAAACGAGAUGAAGGUAAGAGACAAGGCUUUCUAUUCCUCAGAAUA